GACCUCUAUCUCGUUCUUCCCCCACCAUGAUGGCUGUCCCCUCCAAGCUCCUCCUUGCUGACAUAGCCCAAAACUGUAGCUCCAUCCCCUCCAACUUCAUUCGUCCAAUCUCCGACCGCCCCAAUCUACAUGACGUGAAGACCUCAGACGCAUCAAUCCCCCUCAUAGACCUUCAAGGCCUCACCGGCCCCGGCCGCAGCAAACUUAUCAAAGAAAUUGGUGCUGCAUGCCUGAAGGAUGGAUUCUUCCAAGUCAAGAACCAUGGCAUCCCUGAGGCGGUGAUCGACGACAUGUUAUGUGUGUCAAAGGAAUUCUUCCAUUUGCCCGAGUCUGAAAGACUGAAGAAGUACUCCGAUGACCCCAUGAAGACGUGUAGACUCUCCACCAGCUUCAACAUCAAAACAGAAAAGGUUGGCAGCUGGAGGGACUACUUGAGGAUCCAUUGCUACCCUCUCGAAGAUUUCGUUCAUGAGUGGCCCGACAGCCCUCCAUGCUUCAGACAAGUCGUCAGUGAGUACUGUAAAAGUGUGAGAGAGCUGGCUCUUCGAGUUCUGGAGGCCAUUUCAGAGAGUUUGGAUCUGGAAAGGGACUUCAUGAAUAAGGUAUUAAGUAGCCAUGCACAGCACAUGGCCAUAAACUACUACCCACCAUGCCCGCAACCGGAGCUCACCUACGGAUUACCAGGCCACAAAGAUCCCAACGUCAUCUCUCUCCUGAUCCAAGAUGGAGUUUCUGGCCUGCAAGUGCUUCGUGAUGGGAAGUGGGUCGCCAUUAAUCCUGAACCGUAUAACUUGGUAAUUAACCUCGGCGAUCAGAUGCAGGUACUCAGCAAUGGCAAGUACAAAAGCGUGCUCCACCGAGCAGUAGUUAACAGCAAUUCUGCGAGGAUCUCAAUUCCUACUUUCUACUGUCCAUCUUCUGAUGCCGUGAUCAAACCACCAGGAUCACUUGUUGAUCAAGAGCACCCUUCAAUCUAUAGGAGCUUCACCUAUGCAGAAUAUUAUGAGAAGUUUUGGGACCAUGGAAUGAAUUCCGAGAGCUGUCUCGACAUGUUUAAAGCCACCUAGGCUGGUAGUCAUAAAGGAUAUGCUACAUGUCUUCGCAUGCUUAAUUGAAGUUGGUGAAAAAAUUCUGAAAGUCUUGGGAUCAAAUAACAAAAGACAACUCUGGCCCUUAUCUUUCUUGCUGGUCUU